GUCCCGUGCGCCUGAGUCAGGGGCGGCUGGGCGGCCGCUGCUUGGAUCGGCGGCGAUGGCGCUGGAGACCCUGUCUCCGGACUGGGAGUUCGACCGCCUCGACGACGGCUCGCAGAAAAUUCAUGCUGAAGUGCAGUUGAAGAGCUAUGGAAAAUUUCUUGAGGAAUAUACAUCUCAGCUGAAAAGAAUUGAAGAUGCUUUGGAUGACUCUGUUGGAGAUGUUUGGGACUUCAGUCUUGAUCCCAUUGCUUUAAAGCUUUUGCCAUAUGAACAGUCCUCCCUACUGGAGCUCAUAAAGACAGAAAACAAGGUUCUAAACAAAGUUAUUACAGUGUAUGCUGCUCUUUGCUGUGAAAUCAAGAAGUUAAAAUAUGAGGCAGAAACUAAAUUUUAUAAUGGCCUCCUGUUUUAUGGAGAAGGAGCCACAGAUUCCAGCAUGGUGGAGGGAGAUUGCCAAAUACAGAUGGGAAGAUUUGUUUCUUUCUUGCAGGAGCUGUCUUGCUUUGUUACCCGAUGUUAUGAAGUGGUGGUGAAUGUAGUGCAUCAGCUGGCUGUUCUGUAUACCAGCAACAAGAAUGCACCUAAAAUUAUAGAGACAUCUGGAGUUCAUUUUCAGGCAAUGUAUGAGCAUCUAGGAGAGUUGCUCACAAUCUUGAUAACUCUGGAUGAAAUAAUUGACAAUCAUGCCACACUGAAAGAUCACUGGACCAUGUAUAAGAGGCUGCUAAAAUCUGUCCAUCACAACCCUUCUAAGUUUGGGAUUCAAGAAGAUAAGUUAAAGCCAUUUGAAAAACUGCUGUUAAAACUGGAAUGCCAGUUACUUGAUGGAAUGAUAUUUCAGGCCUGUAUAGAGCAACAAUUUGAUUCUUUAAAUGGUGGAGUGUCUGUGUCAAAGAACAGCACAUUUGCUGAAGAAUUUGCUCAUAUUCUUCGUACAUCUUUCUCAAAUGUCGAAGCCAAACUUGGUGAACCUUCAGAAAUUGACCAGAGAGAUAAAUAUGUGGGCAUCUGUGGCCUGUUUGUAUUGCAUUUUCAGAUUUUUCGGACUGUAGACAAGAAAUUUUAUAAGUCAUUGUUGGAUGUCUGUAAGAAGGUACCAGCCAUUACAUUAACAGCUAACAUUAUCUGGUUUGCUGACAAUUUUCUGAUUCAGAAGAUUCCAGCUGCUGCCAAACUACUGGACAAGAAAAGUAUUCAUACAGUUAAAACACAAAGGGAGAACUUUCUACAGCAGAGGGCACAGUCACUUACCAAAGAUCUGCAGUCAUAUUAUGUUUUUGUGAGCUCGUGGAUGACAAAAAUGGAAUCUAUCUUGUCCAAGGAGCAGCGCACAACAAAGUUUUCUGAAGAUCUUUCUAACCGCUGCAAUGUCUUCAUCCAGGGUUUUCUUUAUGCAUACAGUCUUAGCAACAUCAUUAAAACAACAAUGAAUCUUUACAUGUCAAUGCAAAAACCUAUGACCAAAACCUCAGUAAAAGCCUUGUGCAGACUUGUGGAGCUUCUGAAGGCAAUAGAAUAUAUGUUUUACCGAAGAAGCAUGGUUGUGGCAGACUCUGUGACGCACAUCACUCAGCAUCUGCAGUAUCAGGCUCUUCUCUCUAUCUCUGUGGCCAAGAAAAGGGUGAUUUCUGAUAGAAAGUACAGUGAGCAGCGCCUGGAUGUCCUCUCUGCUUUGGUGUUGGCUGAGAACACCCUCAAUGGGCCAAGCACAAAACAGAGGCGACUGAUUGUUUCCCUUGCACUGAAUGUGGGAACACAGAUGAAAACAUUUAAAGAUGAAGAACUUAUUCCCCUUCAGUUAGUUCUGAAAAAACUGGACUUGAUCAGUGAACUUACAGAGAGAGUUCGAGCACAAUGUGACUGUUGUUUCUUAUACUGGCAUCGAGCUGUCUUUCCAAUCUAUUUAGAUGAUGUCUAUGAAAAUGCAGUGGAUUCUGCUAGACUACAUUAUAUGUUUAGUGCACUACGGGACUGUGAACCUGCUAUGAUGUAUGCAAGACACUUGGAAUCUUAUGAGGUGCUUCUGGAAUGCUAUGACAAAGAAAUCAUGGAAGUGCUCAAUGAGCACUUGCUGGACAAAUUGUGUAAAGAAAUAGAAAAGGACCUGCGCUUAUCAGUUCACACUCACCUGAAGCUAGAUGACAGAAAUCCCUUCAGAGCUGGCAUGAAGGACCUGGCUCACUUCUUCUUUCUGAACCCAAUACGCUUUUUCAAUCGGUUCAUUGACAUAAAAGCUUAUGUAACUCAUUAUUUGGACAAGACCUUCUACAACUUAACAACUGUAGCACUUCACGACUGGGCCACCUACAGUGAGAUGAGAAAUUUGGCAACCCAGCGCUAUGGUUUAAGUAUGACUGAGGCUCACCUUCCCAGCCAGACUCUGGAGCAGGGUCUGGAUGUUUUGGAAAUCAUGAGAAAUAUUCAUGUUUUUGUAUCCCGCUACCUCUACAAUCUGAAUAAUCAGAUCUUCAUUGAAAAAACAAGUAAUAACAAACACUUGAACACCAUCAAUAUCCGACACAUCGCUAACUCAAUUCGAACUCACGGAACAGGAAUCAUGAACACAACAGUAAAUUUCACUUACCAGUUCUUGAGGAAAAAGUUUUACAUUUUUAGCCAGUUCAUGUAUGAUGAACAUAUCAAAUCCAGACUUAUCAAAGACAUCAGAUUCUUCAGAGAAGUCAAAGAUCAAAGUGAUCACAAGUAUCCCUUUGAAAGAGCAGAUAAAUUCAACCGUGGCAUCAGAAAACUUGGAAUAACUCCAGAUGGCCAGAGCUAUCUUGACCAGUUCAGACAACUCAUAAGUCAAAUUGGCAACGCUUUGGGUUAUGUACGAAUGAUAAGAUCUGGUGGACUUCACUGCUGCAGUAGUGCCAUUAGGUUUGUUCCUGACCUGGAAGAUAUUGUUAACUUUGAAGAGCUGGUGAAAGAAGAAGGUCUCUCAGAAGAAACACAAAAAGCAGCAAGGCAGCUGGACUCUGUGCUGAGUGACCUGACCCGGAACUUUGCAGAGGGAACAGAGUACUUCAAAAUGCUGGUGGAUGUGUUUGCCCCCGAGUUCCGCAGCACGAAGAACAUGCACUUGCGGAACUUCUACAUCAUUGUUCCCCCCCUGACCCUCAAUUUUGUGGAGCAUUCAAUCAGUUGCAAGGAGAAGUUGAAUAAGAAGAACAAAAGUGGAGCAGCUUUCACUGAUGAUGGGUUUGCCAUGGGUGUGGCUUACAUUCUGAAGCUUUUGGAUCAGUACCAGGAGUUUGAUUCUCUGCACUGGUUCCAGUCUGUUAGAGAGAAGUAUGUGAAGGAAAUAAGAGCAGUAGCUAAGCAACAGAACGUACAGUCCACUAAUCAAGAUGAAAAACUACUACAGACUAUGAACCUUACCCACAAGCGACUGGAAGUUUGUUUACAGGAAUUUGAACUCCUCUAUUUCUCGCUAAGUAGUGCAAGAAUUUUUUUCAGAGCAGAUAAAACUGCAGCAGAAGAAAGCCAGGAAAAGAAAGAAAAAGAAGAAGAAUCUGGUAAAGCAAGCAAUGGAGAUCUUUCCAACUCUGCACCUGCAGAGCCUGUUGUGAAAUGAUGUGGCUGGUAUGGGUGAAGAUUACUUACUCAAAUAACUCAUGUCCUUGUCUUCAUCAGUAACACUCUGUAGGGGCUAAAGCUCUAGAUUUGACUUACUUGCUCUGUUAAAUCCAAGAGAAGCAUACUAGCAUCCACUGGGGCUAGGUCUGUGUUUGUCUGUAUUUUCUGUAGAAACUCCUAUUUUUCAGGAGUUUGCAUUAUUUACAGCACUUUCUUUAGAUUGAAAAUAAUUUAAUAAAAUGUUGACCUUGGAGGUAUUUUAAAGUACCGAUGUGCAGAUAAAAAAAUCCUUAUUAAUUUCUAGAUGCAUUCUCGCAUCUCUAUCAUAGCAUUUUAAAAAAACCCAAACUCAUAGGCUGUUGGUCCAAGGUUUGAACUGGCAUCUUUUCAACCCAAAAAAACCCCUGAAUCCAGAUAUUGGCUGUAUCUAUUGUCCAAAAAAUAAUUGAGGCAUGUCAUUGUGCAGUCCUGUUGCAUUUAAUGCAGUCACAGAUUACACUGUGGGUGUAAUGGUAUGUUGUGAAUAUAUGUUAAAUCUGUUACACAAAAUGGAAAUGCUUAUUACUGUUUUAUUCCAAACUCCCUUGUUAUUACUAUAGACAGUAUUUGUACUGUGGGAACUUAGGAUCCCAUCAAACAUUUAUUUCCCCCUGUUUUUGCCCCCUUAUCAAAGAAUGGGGAAACAAGAAAAGUGAAUGUUAACAAAUUCUCAUUUCAUACCGAUUUGCAUCCACAGAAGUAAGGAAAUCCAGAGCCAAGACAGAACCACAAUCAGCUCUUUCUUUCACGACCAGGCACUGUGAUGAGUGUCUGUAACUAUUAAGUGAUCUCACAGUUCAUGAACAUGUUGUGCCUAAUUGCAAGUUUCAGCCUCAAUUCUGUAUUUCCUAGCCUUUGUAGGUCUGUUGUACUGGGUGUUGUUCAUAUAGUCUUACAUGCCUGAUUAUUAACAAUAAUUGCACUGCAGGCUCAGAAGCUGCUGAACACUGUGAGAGCUCUUAUUUAACAUCUGUCCAUGCCUGCAAGUAGAGGUUCUAGAUAGUGCAAGAAUUACUCAGAUUCCUAACUUAAGUAGCUAGAGUUAAAAGAAAACACCACCUUUAUUAAAAUAUACAGGUGUGUUUUAAUCUCCCAGAACAUUAACACCCUUCUAGUUCUUACCAACCAGAAUACUACUACUACUCC